AUGCAGCUCAACACCAUACAACUGGACAAUUCAAUACCAGACAGAACAGUACAAUACAAGGCAAUACAAAUCAAUGCCAAGCACAGCAGCGUUCAAAACAGCGAUGACGCAUCAUCUUGCCAACGUGAGACAGCCAUCAAGUUUGCCGACCAAAACGAGGACGGCCCUUUCGACCUCAUCCUACACACUGGAAGAAUAACAUUGGGAGACUGCUGUAAAAGUUUCUCCGAUGUCAUGACCCUUGCUAGGCCCGAAGAACUCAAAAUUGCUUUUUUUUCAAACUCAAUAAACUUCUUCUCAUCGUCUUACAAAAUUUCCUCAAGUCACUUUGCAUUGGUGGAUGGCACGCGGAGAGCUCCAGAGUCCUACACGAAACUGAUCUACUACAGCCACAGCCCCUACGUUGAGGGGGGCUUGCUAGAUAGGGAGGAACAAAGAGUUCCCUGGUUCAGGCACAGGAAAGAGGAGGAUUUGAGAUCAACAUGUUACUUGAGAGAAGAAUUUCAAAGAAGAAUGGAGAACAACGAAGCAGUCAAGUACACACUACAAAUUCAACUAAGUGCACGACUCGAAGAAUUAUUCUGGAAUCCUCAAAUGAUUUGGGAUGAAAAAGAAAGUCCCUGGCUUGAUUUAAUGCGAAUACAAUUGACUACAACCAUUCCGUUUAUGGCUCUCUGCCGAACUUACUUCAACAUCGUCGAUAAACCUUCAUGUUUGCAAUUCCGACAUCCCAAAUCAGCCUACGACUUCCACAGUUUCCAGUACUGCCUGUCAAAUAUGUACACCAGACUUGAGUUGGACCAUCUUCAGAUUGUCGUCUGGAAGAAUGACAGCUGUCUGCAGAAGGAAUGUUCAAAGAGAGGGAGAGUUCAGUACUUUGUUACUCUCUGUACAGCUCCCGUUAAGGAUACCAAAUCUCGUGUGGACGUUUUCUUAACUUUAAUUGGCACUCGAGGCAGAACGGCCCCGCAGAAAUUGGAUUACCACCUGGACGAGGAGGAAGAAGAUGAUGUAUCGUCAGCUGAAGGAUGUGAAAACUUCAUCAUCAACACGGAAUCAGUUGGUGAAAUAUUGGCCAUCAGUUUGACAGUGCGUCACCGACAUCUUACAGAUGAAUGGUUCCUCAGAUAUGUCAUCCUAUCAGAUCCAAAUAAGACAAAUGUUAAGCACUUCCCCUGUUACAAUGUAGUGCUGUCGAAAGUCACACUCAGGCCUGGCGAAGUCAGCUUGCCCCAAAAGGACUGUCACGAACUCAUUCGUCAAGAAAGGUUGUUGGAGCUGCGCGAUCGAAAAUCAGACUACCAAUGGUAUGCCAGUUCCGAACAACCGUUCGGUUGGAUAGGUGCUGAAACCGUCAGAGAUCUGCCACUGAGUGAUCGACUACAAGCAGAAAAGUUUGCUGGAAUGCCGUGGGAUGUUGAUCCAACCGCCAUGGAAACGUUGCUCCCGUUCUUGGCAACAGCUGCUUCUAGGGGUCUUCUUCCAAAUAUACCUUUAUUUUAUCGACAAACAUCCGCUACCGGUGACAACUUACCUUCAAUUGGACCCCUGCUCCGGCAGUCGAGGAUGCCUUCAAACAAACUGAAGCCCAGUUCACAAGCUGCACGACGUAGGUGGAGGAAAAUAAGAUUCGCCAUCGCAUUCAUUACAAAAGUGAGAAUUCCCGAUGGUCCGAAGGGUGACAUGUGCAGAUCGGUACAGGAUGAUGUUGACUUCGGUCGAUACUUCCUCAUGGGGCCCAACCCUGUGAUGCUGCGAAGGUUGAGAAAUUCUCUUCCUUCCAACUUUCCCAUUGCCGACAGUAUGUGCGCUGGAUACAUGAGCCUGGAUCUCACUCUACAAUCAGCACUUGAGAAGGGAUUGUUGUACAUAAUUGACUACGCCAUCCUCUCAGACAUUCCAGUAAUUAGGCGAGAUUCCGACAACAGAUAUUUAGCGGCUCCCAUCGUUUUGUUUUACGAAAGGGAAUUCGGCGACAUAAUACCGCUAGCCAUUCAAUUAAACCAAACUCCGGAUGUUGAUAAUCCCAUUUGGACACCCCGGGACACGCCUGAAGAUUGGAUCAUGGCAAAACUGUGGGUUAAAUGCGCUGAUUUCCACUACCAUUUUGUCAUUUCUCAUCUUCUCAAGUGCCAUUUUGUUGCUGAACCAUUCGCUGUGGCCAUGAUGCGACAACUUUCAUCCUCGCAUCCGGUUUAUAAACUGCUCAGACCUCAUUUCAGGUAUUCCCUGGUAACAAAUACACUUUUGAGAAGACAUAUUUUAAGAAGAAACUGUGCAGUCGAUAAGUACACGUCAAUCGGCUCGGAGGGGGUGAAGCAUCUCAUGUUGAAGUAUCUCCAGGGAGAGUUCACUUGGGACGAGUUGGAUCCCAGAUGUGAUUUGGAAAAUAGAGGAACUAACGACAAAAAUCAUCUGCCUUAUUACUAUUACAGAGAUGACGCGACGACGAUGUGGAACUUAAUUUACAAAUACGUCAACAACAUGUUGCUACUCUUCUACAAAUCUAACGACGAUGUCAUGGAAGACACGGAACUGAAAAGUUGGGUCGCUGAUGUUUCGGAGUAUGGCUUCCCUGGUCUGGAUGUCGACAUCGAUGCAAGCAGGUCAAGCAAGCGAGAGAGCUCUAUAAUGCAAAGUUCCGUUACGAGACAAGAUUUGAACGACGCCACACAAUCAGUGAGCAGUGAUUUGGCUAACACUCCAAACGAACAAAAUGGUGAUAAGAUUAGUUUUAAAAACGACUUGAAAGAAACUAAUGAAACCAUCAGUCAUUUGAACGAUUCAAAUGGAAGACCUUCUAAGCCAUAUCUCUUGGAAAGCCAGUUGAAAAAGUUUUCGAAAUCCAAUAAGGAAAUGCCCAGUUAUGAAAAGUGUAAUAACUUCCUAUCAGAUAAAUAUUUUUCAAACUCGCCUGCCCACUCAAAAACUUCCUCCUCUUCCAACACAUCGUCCGUAACAACUGUCAUACCCAACACCAUGAUUAAAAGAAAACAACCAAGACAGCGAGAAAUGCUCCGUCUACCGACAGAUAUCAACACAGUAGAAGAGCUCUCGGACUUGAUCACAAAAUUAAUUUUCGUGUCGACGUGUCAGCACUCGGCCACACACACGGAAGCCAUGGAUCUAUACGGAUUCAUUCCCACAGUGCCCGCCAUGAUGAGACAGCCUCCCAUGUCACGCAGGAAGAUGACCACCAAGGAUUUCAUUCAUAAAACACUUCCGGACCAAUUUCCAGAUGCGUAUUAUGGAUCUUUGGUCACGUUACUACAAGUUCACAAACCAGACGAGAACUCAUUCGGAGAUAGUUCUGAAACAUAUUUCGUAGAAACAGAAGCCAAACAAGUAACAGAAACUUUCCAAAACGACUUGAAGCGACUGACGAAAAGAAUAGAACAGCGUAAUAAAACAACGGGCAUCAUGUACGAAAAUCUCUCUCCUACCUGGAUACCAAACAGCGUCGAACCUCUACCGUUCCUGCCAAAAAUCGCCAAAGAAGAAGCACUGUCGGGUAAGAGUGAGGCAGACAAGGCAGCCCACAUUUUUAUGAUGACUCCUUCGGUGCCACUCAGCAUCCUACCCAUUUGCAUGUACAUGGCCAGGUCCAACGUUGGCAGAGGUGCGGCCGCCAACAAAACCGCGAAGACGGCAGCUUUCAAUCAGGGAGUUGAUGGCGUCGGAGUCCCUAAAAAGGACCGAGAGGAUAAGAUGGUGAUGCAGAGGCAGAAGUUUAACGCAAUGUUUUAAGGAAAAGAUUCAUUUCAUCUUAUACGUCAUCCUACACGCGGAUGUUUCACGCGUUAAUUGAUAACAAACUUAACAUGACUCAACUGAAUUGCACUUGAAAAAUGAUCACACACAGUUUCGAUUUCACAUGACUUGAAUAUAUUUUUUGUAUUACAAAAUAAAAAUUCAUUUUAUUAA